CCGCUUUGCACGUGUGUUUAUUGAAAGUGUGGCGACUAACCGGUAGCCGAAGCAGCUUAUUAACCAUAGCAGUUUAUUUUCAUUAGCUGUUUGUGUAUCAAAGGAACUAUGGGGAAGUUUAAUGUGGUGAUGCUGAGAUACUUAUCUCGAGAGGACUUCCGUGUCCUCACCGCUGUCGAGAUGGGGAUGAAGAACCACGAGAUUGUUCCAGUCAGCCUUCUGUCAUCUAUUGCAAGCCUCAAACAUGGUGGCUGCAACAAAAUCCUCAGAGAACUUGUGAAACACAAACUUGUGGUCUAUGAACGUACUAAAACUGUGCAGGGCUACAGAUUGAACUAUGGAGGAUACGACUACCUGGCUCUGAAGACUUUGUGCUCCAGAGAAGUGAUACUGUCAGUUGGCAACCAGAUGGGCGUGGGCAAAGAGUCAGAUAUAUUUAUUGUGGCGAGUCCAAAUGGGGAGCAGUACGCUUUGAAGCUCCACAGGCUGGGUCGUACCUCCUUCAGGAACCUAAAAAACAAGAGGGAUUACCACAAACACCGGAAGAACAUGUCCUGGCUGUACCUCUCACGUCUCUCUGCCAUGAAGGAGUUUGCCUAUAUGAAGGCUCUGUAUGAUCGAGGCUUUCCUGUUCCCAAGCCUGUGGACUAUAACAGACAUGCUGUAGUGAUGGAGCUCAUCAAUGGAUAUCCUCUGUGUCAAGUUCAUGAGUUGCAGGAUGCAGCUGGUCUUUACAGUGAAUUCAUGGACCUUAUCGUGAAGCUGGCUAACCACGGCCUGAUUCAUGGAGACUUUAAUGAGUUCAACCUGAUGCUGGAUGACCAGGACCACAUAACUAUGAUCGACUUUCCUCAGAUGGUGUCUACAUCACACCCCAAUGCUGAAUGGUACUUCGACCGCGAUGUGAAGUGUAUCAAAGAUUUUUUUGCAAAGCGAUAUAAUUAUGAAAGUGAGCUCUUUCCAACUUUCAAGGACAUCAGGCGCUCUUGUUCUCUAGAUGUUGAAGUCUCAGCCAGUGGAUUCACAAAAGAUCUGGAGACAAAUGGUGCAUUACUAGACCCAAGUGGACCUGAGCAGGAAACUGAUGAAGAAGAAGAAGAAGAUGAAGAAGAGGUGACAGAUGAGGAGGCAGAAAGCGUGGAGGAAAGUGUGGACAUAGAGGAAUAUAACCAAACAAUGCUAGAACUAGAGGGAUUGAAAGUGAGUGAACUACAUGCAAAGAUACAAGAUCAGGAGGAGGAACGUAGUAAAGAGACAAAAGAAGUAACUCGGAUGGCAUCAAGUGCUGAAGCUGAUGAGGAAACAGGCAAGGAGUUUGAGGAAGAGUUAAAGGAAGAAGAUGAUGAGUGUCCGGAGCUCACAGACCUUUCUGCUUCCAACAAAGAGUUAAAACCUUUCAGAGAUUUGGACAGUCUUCAGCACACCGCAGAACACAGAAGAAGAACAGACAGUGAAGCCACGAUGAACAGCAUCGGGAGCUGCUCCACCAUAUCACCGGAGGUCGUCCGUCAGAAAGUGCGGCGGCAGCUCACCAAACAGCAGAAGUCGGCACAAAGGAGGCGUCUGCAGAAAGGAGAGGCCAGCUUGGUGACAAAAUCUAGAAGGGAGAACCAAAGUACCAUCAAGUCCAGCAUGGAGAGCGCCUCCUUCUGGGGAUAAGUCAUAACAUCAGAUGGACAAAGAAUUCAUGUCAACAUGCCUUUUAUCUCCUGGGAAUAAUCUUAAACACAUCGUGAUGGAUGGAAUAAAAUAUGAAGAGAAUUGCUGUUCAGCCAAUCAUCUGCUCCUACUGUUGUAGAGAAAUCGAUGAUUAUUGACAAAAAGAUUCAACUGAUUGUAUUUCUGUCUGAACACAUUCUCCUAAACAUGAGUACUGAGUUUUUUCAGUAUUAAUCUAUGGUCUGUUUAUAUAAAAUCCAAUAUAAUUUUUAACCAUUUAGUAUAAUAAAGUGGUGUUAUGUACAAUGAUCUUUUACAGUGCACAACUGCUAAACUGUGUUGUGUUACAGAGACUAAUGAGAAACAACCCUGAAACUAUUUCACAUCAUAACACUGUUUUCUAUAAAACUAACACUUGCUAGUCAAGUAAAACUUUUGUUUCCUCAUUAAACAUGCAAAAAUGUUGACA